GAAGUGUUUUGUUGCUGCAGCUUCAAGUCGCAUGCAGAACGAGUCUGUCCGAGGGGGGAAAGCGAGAGAAGCGGCGCAGAGAUAAUAGGAGGAGCGGGGCUCUUGUGUUUCACAUUAGAGGAGCAGAGGAGGGGGACACGGCCUGGACGCGAGGAUAAGGUGUCUCACACCGAAAGCAGAGAGAGAGAGGGAGAGAAAAAAACAGAAGAGCCGCUUCUCUUGUAUCGGAAAAUGGAACUACCCGCUGCGGGAGAGCACGUCUUUGCGGUGGAGAGCAUCGAGAAGAAGCGCAGCAGAAAGGGCAGGGUCGAGUAUCUGGUCAAGUGGCGAGGAUGGUCCCCAAAAUACAACACGUGGGAGCCAGAGGAAAACAUCUUGGACCCAAGGCUGCUUGAUGCUUUCCAAGACAGAGAACGUCAAGAGCAGCUGAUGGGAUACCGCAAGAGAGGCCCCAAGCCCAAGCACCUUCUGGUUCAGGUCCCUUCAUUUGCCCGGAGAUCCAGUAUUCUGGCCGACCUCCACGAGGCGUCCCUGGACCAGGACGGCUGCGAGAAGUCCAGUCCUAUCCAGAUGCUCCGUCCCCAAGGCCAGCAGUACCAGCUGAACAGCAAGAAGCACCACCAGUACCAGCCACUGUGCCGGGAGCGCGAGGCUGAGCAGCAAACCAACGGCAAGAAGUUCUACUAUCAGCUCAACAGCAAGAAGCACCACCACUACCAGCCCGACCUCAAGGUGCACGAGCACAUAUUUUCUAAGCCCCGAGACGUCCGCGCCCCGGAGCUGCCCAACAAAGGGUUAAAUGUGCCUCCGGUGCUGCAGCAAAAGUGGGUUCGUGAUAAAGACUCAGGCUGCCUGACUAAAGUGAAAGAUAUCACUAUGGAGCUGAAGAAACUGCCUGCUGACCUCAACGGGCACAAAGAGCCAGAGAAGGUAAAACCCAGAGAGGACGCUUUGCCACAGUCUAAUGGUGUCAGCAGCAAGCUAAAGAUAGUGAAGAACAAAAACAAGAAUGGCCGUAUUGUUAUUGUCAUGAGCAAGUACAUGGAAAAUGGAAUGCAAGCAGCUAAAAUUAAAAGUGGGGACUGUGAUGACACGGCGGAGCAUCCGCGGCAGGGAACGGACAGCGGCGCGGAGAACCACCUGGAGAAGAUGAAACUCGUCAAGAAGCUUGGCCUCAUGAACGGAUUUGCAAGAAACCCCAAAGACAAACCAGCUGUUCCCAGCUCUGGAUUUAACGUAGACUGCCCCAGAGAAAGGCAUCAGUCUCCCAAAGUGGAGCCAACUGCGACCGAGCAGGAUAAACAUGUCGGGGUCAGGGGUCAGGGGCAGCUUCCAGCGGAUCAGCUUUUACAAUUGACAACCAAGCCUAAUCUGCUCUCCCUGCCUUUGGAGAGGGGAGUUCCCUCCGCUCUGGACAAAAGAGCAACCCAAGGUGGAUUUCAAGGACUAAAGCGGCACCUCUCUGACACGGACUGCGAGGAGCACGGGAGUAACAAGAGGUUUUUGAGCUCCAGGAGUAUCAGUGCUCCUAACGCAGUAUCGCCACCCGCCCAAAGCAUCAGCAUCGACCAAAACGGACACAGGGGUGACGUAGGACUGCAGGUCUGCGGGUAUGCAGACCAAGAGGAACCCAUUGACUUGAGCGUUGUCAAGUCCAGGCCUAUAGCUGCAGCAUCCGCAGCGAGCCAGCCGGAAAAAUACACACAAGCUGAAACUCUAGAGUGCACACGGGACAAGACGCAUACGCAAGCCGAAACACAAACGCAAGCGGACGCACAGACAGAAACGCAGCUCCAGAGUGAAACCCAAAACGCUGCGGAGAAGGCGAAAGUUGACUCAUUGUCUGUUUCUAACAAUGACGAGAGGCGAGAGGAGACGUUUCCCUCCUUCCAGCCGUUCCUUGGGAAUAUAGUGAUCACAGACAUUACGACAAACUGCCUCACUGUUACGUUUAAGGAGUAUGUAACAGUGUAACUGAGCUGGAUACCAACUGUGUAACUGUAUACAUGUACAUUAGAAAAAGUUUGAUUUAAAGAUGCUUGAAUGUACAAAUGGACCAUUGGUGUUGUUUUCAUUUCUUAAAAAGCUCUUAAAAGAUUUGAUCUUUUAUCGCAUUAUUUGCAUAUGUCUUCUUCUAAGCUCUAUCUGUUGUUAACGCUGAGAUUCUAUCACACGCAGUGUCUAAUUACAGCUAUUUCAAACUUAGUUUCUAAAGCAAAAUUAGGUCAUGUAAGAUGUCUGAUCCUUAAUUGUCAAUGCACUUAACUCUUGUAAAGACUUCUCACUUUUGUAUGGAUGUAAUUUGGUUUAUACUCAAAGUGUCUACGUCUCAGAUAAUGUUAAAAAUGGUAGGCUAUAUGGAGAAUUUUGUAAGGAAGAAAAAUUAUAUUGAAUCAUGGUAAAUUACACUGUGUGCGUGUGUGUGUGCGUGUGUGUGAGAGCAGAUGGACAGGUUUAACAAGGAGGCAUGCUGCUUGGACAGAUCAUGCAAUUAGGCAUGCUUAAACAAGCAGAUGAAGAGAAAUGAAGCACCCCUGUGUCAAUAAAUGUGAUUUGCGUUGAAAGGGAAGAGGUGAUUAUUAAUGGUUAACUUUUGAUUAUGCUCCUAUUAUUUGGUCUCUGUUCAGUGUUUUUUUUUCUUUUUUUUUGAGUCAUGCAUCUCGAGAUCUAAUAAUGAGCACAAGUCACUUCCAUUACACACUCGAUAUACGACCAUAUGAACGUAUUUAUUUUCAUGUUUUUGCGGCAGCGCUGUGACUCAAAUGGCUUUUUGAAAAAAUGAUAUUGUCACAAAUCUGUGUCCACACUGGCAGUCAAGCUGUGUAAUCCCAAAAGAUUAGUAUACCACCAGCCCGAUGCUCCAUGACUCCCCCCCCCCCCCCCCCCCCCCCCCAAUUCUCUGGCACCCUGACAGGUGUGACAUACACACAGAAAAAGUAUGAAAUAAUUGUGUCAUAUUUUUGUGUAACGUUUGCAACAAAUUGGUAAUUAAAAAGUAUGUAAAAGCACA